AGGAGGGCCUCAGCAAACGGACAGCGAAGGUAGUUGUGUCCUCCGAAUUGACAGCAUGCAAAGGUCUGGUUUCAUAUCCCGCGCCACAUUGCUACUCUCUCUGAGCUGCUCAAGGAGGGUCACAUCUGCACAGACGCGUUCCUUGCAGCUCCGAAAAAUGGCAAGUUACACUACGGAAAAGCGAGGAAGGCAGAACACGACCGACUACAGAAUCUAUUUUAAAAAUCCAGAGGGAAAAUACAUUUCACCUUUCCAUGACAUACCACUGUUUGCAGGUAUUGAACAGGAAAGUGGUGUUCCAACAAAAAGAGUUAAGAAAAAUGAAAAUGAGACUGUGUUCAAUAUGGUAGUUGAAGUACCUAGAUGGACGAAUGCCAAAAUGGAGAUUUCCACUAAAGAACCACUUAAUCCUAUUAAACAGGAUAUAAAAAAAGGCAGACUCCGUUAUAUUUCAAAUGUUUUUCCUUACAAAGGUUACAUUUGGAACUAUGGAGCCCUUCCACAGACAUGGGAGGAUCCCAACCAUAAGGACAGUGAUACAGACUGCUGUGGUGACAAUGACCCAAUUGAUGUCUGUGACAUUGGCUCAAAGGUCUGUUUGCCAGGAGAGGUGAUUCAAGUUAAGGUGCUUGGAAUUUUGCCUUUAAUUGAUGAAAGAGAGACAGACUGGAAGAUCAUUGCUAUUAACACUGAAGAUCAAGAUGCUGAAAAUAUUAACUCCAUUGAAGAUAUCAGGAGACUUAAACCUGGUUACCUUGAGGCUACAUUGAGCUGGUUUAAAAAUUACAAAGUACCAGAUGGAAAGCCACAAAAUCAGUUUGCACAUAAUGGAGAAUUCAAAGACAAGGAAUAUGCAGUUGACAUAAUUAAAUCUACACAUGCAUACUGGAAAGCGCUAGUCCUGAAGAAGGCAAAUAGUGGUUCGAUAAACUGUAAAAAUGUAUCUGUAUGCAAUAGUCCAUUUCAGUGCAGUGAGGAGGAAGCUUCUUUAAUUGUACACUCGAGCAAAGAGUAUGAGGAAGCAGAUUCUAUUUCUGAAGAAGUGAACAAAUGGUUCUUUCUUCCAAAGUGAUUGAUCAUAUAUGCAUUCAGAAUGGAAUCCAUUUAUCUAUCCAAAGGAAUCGGAAGAGUGUAAGGCACAUCACAUAAAUCUACAAGUUUACUUGCGGUUCAGACUUUAACAACAAAAGACCUAUGUAAAAAGGGGAUAUUUCUGAGAAUCUUAGUUUUCCAAAUGAGUCAAUGUUUUUCUAAUUUAUGUUGUUUAAUUUAUAUCUUUCAGAAAUAUCACAUUUAGAUAUUUUGUAUCUUGGCAAAAUAAAAGAAAAUCUGAUUUCACAAGCUUUAAUUUA